GUAAUCUCCCCCUUGCAUAAGAAUGAUGAUCGCGCUCCAAGGAACGAAUUUGUGUUUUGUUUUGUUUGGACAACGUUUCGUUGCCAAAUGCUACGAUGCUCGUACGUCGAGUAUUAUACGCGUUUGCAUUAUGCUUGAUACCUGCUGGAGGUUUAGCCCAAACUCAUGAGCUUGACAGACGCGCCGUCGAUCCUUUAGCCGGAACAUCCGAGUGUGCGAGGACAUGUUUCACGAAGACGAACGACACAGAAGCUUUUCAAGGCAGCCAAACGGACGACCUAUGCCAAUAUAAGCCAAUUUAUCAUAGUGUAGAAGUAUGCGUCAAACACGACUGCAAUUUCACCGAGAUCUUGGACUUCAAGAACAGAACAUCCCGCGCAUGCGACUGGCCGAUCACCGACCGUCGUCAAGAAAUUCGAAUCAGCUGUUUGACAAUAGGCAUUUUGGCUAUGGUCUUCUUUACCAUGAGAGCCAUCUCAAAGAUAAUUGGAUUCGUGCCAUAUGGGCAUGACGAUAGUCUGAUAUCAGCAACUCUGCCAUUUAUUAUCGCAUUUAAUAUUUUCUGCCAAGUCCUCACCUCGAAGGGUCUCGGACUCGAUAUUUGGUUCGUGGAAGAAGAUGAUAUUCGCACCUUUCUCAUCCUGAUUUUCGCUUCCGAACUAUCGUACGCUACAGCUCUCGCCCUCUUGAAACUAUCGAUCCUAGCCUUCUUCCUUCGCAUAUUCCCUGAUCAGAAAUUCCGCACCAUUGUUCGAUGGACUACGAUCUUUAUUCUCGUCAUGUGUCCCCUAUAUCUAGCACUCAUCCUCGCUCAACGAAGGCCACUCGAUCUGUUUUGGAAUGGGUGGAAGAAUAAGAAUCCGCAAGGUGUUAUCUUGAGUGGAAAUCUCAUAGGCAUAACACAUGGUGCAUGGAACGUUGCUUUGGAUAUUUGGAUGAUGAUUCUUCCAAUGACGCAACUGCUGAAAAUCGGGAUCAAGCUGAAGAAAAAGAUUGGGGUAAUUGCCAUGUUCGGAGUGGGCCUCUUCCUUACAAUUGUCAGUUCCGUUCGGAUCCCAAGCCUUAUAGUAUUUUCAACUUCACGGAACAUAACCGGUACAAAUCACUCGAGUCUCUAUGCUAACUUCUGCUGACUGUCCACGCAGCCGACUCCGUCGGAAUAAUAAUCUGGUCAAACAUCGAGAUUUGCGUAGGCAUGAUGGUGGCAUGCAUGCCUGGAGCCCGUCAAUUCGUCCGAGACACUAUACUGAUAGUGAAACGAGGAAACGAGUCCGAUGGGUCUAGCGCUGAGAACAUAUUCAUUGAGCGGACAAUAGAGACGAUCCAAACUGAUGCGGACGAGACAGUUAUGAGUUCUAUAGUGAGACCAGAGGAAGUGCUAUUGUCAAAAUGACAACGAAUUGUUGGCUGCCGUCACCAAGAUGGAGGCCAUGAUGAUGAUUAAUGAAAAAAAAAAAACUAUUAUACCGGUCUUGAUGCAUCCACAAUUAAUUUCUACCACCCUAUUUCAAUUGCUCAUUACAGACUUGGACGAACGGUGCUUAUGAUUGUUCGCGGUGGUUGACAACAACCGAAGCGUUUCCCUUCUCCUUACCUCCCAUCUCCUCAACAUCUCCAGUCAGAUCCUCAGGCUUGUAGUUUCCAAACUUGCGGAGAGCAAUACCCUCAUUGAACAUACGAUCGAUCUGCUCCAGAGAUUUGCCCUUGCACUCAGGAACACAAAAGACAACAAAGACAAUAGCCAAUGCCAGAAUACCAGCGAAAACAAAUCCAACCUUUGAGCCCAGACCGGCGUAUUGAGGAUACAACAUGUAGGGAAUGCUGAAGCUGACGAGGAAGUUG